AACUCUGUGAAGCUGCAGAGUUUUAAAAAUAUAGAAGCCAAAAUACACAGCACUCAACAACCUCUUAAUUAUUUUAAGUAAGCCAACAUUUAAGCACAGAGCUUCAUGACCAUGAACUUAAACAAAUGCCACCUAUGCAAUGACAGGAACAACAUUUUUUUUUGGCAUGCAAAGUCACUCACGCCAAAAUAUAAAGAACCGAUGUUCGGUGGCUUCUUGCAGUGAUCAUCGGUGUACCUUUGGUGGACCACUCCAAGUUACCUUCUGAAAAUAUCAUCUGCUGGCGUUCAUAAGCGAUGUCUCUUCUAGUGGUACUUUUAGCCCUGGCUGCUUGCCUCCAUCAAGGUGUUGGAAAUAAGGCAACUGUUGCUACGUUGUCAACUGAUUUGCCAAACAUACAGAAGGAAAUCAUCAGCAAGCACAAUGACCUAAGGAAACGGGUGGUACCAAGUGCUUCCAACAUGCUGAAGAUGGUAUGGAAUGGGACAGCUGCAAAGAAUGCCAAACGCUGGGCUGAUCAGUGCAUGUUUGAUCACAGCCCUGAAGAGGAAAGAACAAUAGAAAAUGGCCUAGUGUGUGGUGAAAAUCUCUUUUAUUCAAGUGCCCCUACAUCAUGGUCAGAUGCAAUCCAAUCAUGGUUUGAUGAGAAGGAUGACUUCAUAUAUGGGGAAGGGCCAAAGGAUGAGGAUCUGAUGAUUGGACAUUAUACUCAGCUGGUUUGGUAUAAAUCCUUCAUGCUUGCCUGUGCAUUUUCAUCAUGUGACAAUGAAGAAUACCCAUAUUACUACGUUUGCCAGUAUUGUCCUGCAGGAAACAUAGAAGGUAUUCAUUAUUAUACACCUUACGCGGAAGGAAAGCCAUGUGGUGAUUGUCCUAACAAUUGUGAUGGCGGACUAUGCACCAAUCCUUGCUUACAUCAAGAUGACUUGGCAAACUGUCCCAGUUUAAAGGAACAGCAUUCAUGUAAUCAUGAAUUCGUUAAAAAGAAUUGUCCUGCAUCAUGUCAGUGUACGACUGAAAUACAGUAAUAGCUGAAGUUCCCAAGAAGAUCCUUGAACUCAGUGGAAAAGGAAGAAGACAGCUUAAAGAUAAAAAAAUUAUCAAAUAUAUAAAUGUUGAUUACAAAUUUAAAAAGGGCUACCUUCUAUUUAAUCUAUUUCCUCCUUAGUAGAGAACAGCAGACAUUUAUGACACAUACCUUCAAUCUGGUGUGAAAAAUGGCUUCUGUACUUAGCUAAGUGUGCUCAUUGAAAUACCUCCUUAAUUAAGAAGGGGCAAUCUAUGUAUAAGAAAUCUAUGUAUACUAUAGUAAUGGGAAA